AUGCCGGAGACCCCUGCCCACCCCGCCACACAGACGCAUGGAUACAGCAUGUUAUCUGCAUCCAACAUGCCGUUGGGACGCCCGUUCGUCGCGGCGUCCCGCUCCUGGCCGGGUCCCAGGCGCCUAGCGAUCUCCAGGCACGCCCGGCGCGUUGGGCUCGAGCGCCUGCGCCCCCCUUCCCCCCUCCGAGAGCCCGCUCGCUUCUGUCCCCGCGCCAACUCGUCCAGUACUCCCUCCCCAGGGGGCUACGGCGGCCCCGGCAGUCGGUGGGUGACCACCACCCCACCCGAGCCCCCCCCCAAGCCCCCCACCGAGGUCCCUGCCGCCAGCACCCCCUUCGAGCUGCGCCCCUACCACUACGCCACCUUCCUGUGCCUGCUGGUGGGCGGCCUGCUCUUCCUCACCGUCCUGCUGUACGCCACCAGCGACGGGCUGGGCUUCCGCGGCGCCACGGUCAAGGUGAUCAAGCGCUUCCUGAAGACCGUGGCGCUGCGCCAGGUGCUGGGCAUCCUGGGCGCCAUGACCUUCGUCCAGUACGGCCUGUCCCCGCUGCUCAAGUCGCUGCGCGGCGCCAUGGACGCUCAGGGCCCCUGGGAGAAGUCGGCUGAGCACUACAUCCUGCGCGAGCUGCACAAGCCCCUCAACUUCCUGUUCAUCGUGGCGGCCUUUGCCACGCUGGCCGAGAACUUCCUGCCCCAGCUCAUCGCCAUCCCCAAGAGCGUGCUGCAGACCAUGGUGCGCAGCACGCUCAGCCUCACCCUGGUCCUCUCCAUCGCGCGUGUGGCGCUGAACAUCAAGGCCCGCGGAAUGCGUGAGGCCCUCUGGCUGCUGGAGCUCAAGGCGGAGACCACGCGCCAGCGCCGCAUGGAGGCCAUUGACAAGCUGGUCUCCCUGCUCAUCUAUGUGGUUGCCGCCGUGUUCUCGCUCCAGGCUCUGGGCCUGGACGUCAACUCCGUGCUGGCCAUCGGCGGCGUGGGAGGCCUGGCAGUGGGUCUGGCGGGGCGGGAGAUCCUGGAGAACCUCUUCACGGGCCUCAUCAUCCUCUCCAGCAACCCUUUUGAGGUGGGCGAGGAGGUACUGUUCCGCCCCACCUCUGGCCAGGUGGUGGAGGGCAUCGUGGUGGACGUGGGCUGGUACCGCACCACCAUCCGCUCCUUCGAGCGCGAAAUCUACACCAUCCCCAACUCCGUCUUCUCGCGCACCGUGGUCCUCAACGUCACGCGCAAGGUCAAGGAGUGGCGCUUCUACGAGUUCCUGGGCAUCCGGGUGGAGGACACGCGCCGCGUGGAGGCUGUGGACACGCGCGUGAUCCAGCGGCUGCACCGCCGCGUGUUCCUGGACAAGAUCACUCGGGACCAGGCCACGAUCUACACCUCCUUCUACGUGGAGGCCCUGAACCGUGACUCCUUCAUGGCCAUCAAGCAGGACCUGCUCCUCGCGUUCCGCGACUGUGUGGAGAGGAACGGGGCUACCAUGGCGCUGAACCGGCUGCAGCUGGAGAUGCUGCCCGGCGGGUCUGGCAGCGGCAACGAGCUGGCCGCGCUGUCGCUGCAGGCGCCGACGGCGCCGACCGUGGACGCCACGCGCCUGCCUGCUCUGGCAGACGGUACGUCCGACGGGUCGGGGGACGACGACGAGAGCGAAACCUACCUGGACGCACGGGAGCCGGUCAUGGCGGCGGCCGUGGGCUCCGCAUCGGCCUCCCUCUCCGCCACGGCCGCGGUGUUCACGCAGCCGGGGGUCCAACGCCGGAUCAGCGGCGGCCUGGCAGACGCCGGGGAUGCUGCGGCGCAGGCCCCAGGCGGCGUGUGA